AAUGGAGAAACUUAUGAAUGGAAUUUAGUGUCCUGUGACAACUGGAAUAUAAACCUAAAAGAUGUCAUCUGCACAUCAAGGGAUGGCGACAAGUUCUGGAGAAUGCCGGAGUGCUAUAUUCGAGGGUCAACUAUUAAGUACCUGCGACUUCCUGAUGAAGUGAUUGAUUUGGUUAAGGAAGAGGUGAUAGCAAGAGGACGUGGUAGAGGUGAAAGUAGAGGUCGUGGUGGUCCAGGAAGAGGGCGUGGAGGUCCUGGCAGAGGUGGUUUUGGAGGCCGUGGGCGUGGUGGGACCACCAGGGGGAGACGUGGAGGCCCAGGACGUGGAGGCAUGAAGAAAAAAGAAGGAUAUAAUAGGAUUAUUUCUUGA